GAACCGGCUUUACCCCACUGUCGAGAAAUAUGACGGCCGAAGGAUGAAUCGUGAUGGCGUGAGCGCCGCUCCGAUCCUCGGCCUGUAGUUGACGAUAGGCACGACCAAUUUGAUACAUAAACAGUGUAAACUCGAGGCAUGGAAACAUUGCCAGAAGCAAGCUGGAGAGCGAUACACGACACUGUUACCUUGCUCUUUACUCGCGAUUUGCACAUCAAUCCAGCCAUCGCUUUUACCGUCCGUCGUCAUGGUCGAUAUUGAGAAAUAUUGGGCCACCCAGGCGAAAAAUUACCAAAAGAAGAUCAAAGUAAUCGAGGGUCCGAAUGAGCCGACCAUCACUUUUCCACUGAUCCUUGAGCCGAAGGUUCCGGAGCAUUCAAAAGAAGCCGUCCUCGAGGAAGCCCGGAAGCUCGGCGCGCAGACAGGCGACAAGGAUCUCCACAGCCCAAUACGUCAGUUGCUCGACGCCCAUGGAGGUGCUGUUCUUUUUAAACACCUUCCUCUGAAGACAGCCGACGACUUUUCGGACUUCAUGCAUGCGCUUGCGGGCAAGGGCGAGCACGCCUGGACCCACCACGAGCAUGUAGGGAUGGAGGUUUUGCGUCGUCCUCAAGCCAAGAAUGUGCUUACCGCUAAUGAGGGCCCACCAAGCCAUUUCAUUGGUUGGCACAAUGAGUAUGCCGUCUCUCCCGUUCAUCCUCACUACCUCGCCCUCUAUUGUAAUGUCAAGCCUGGCGCUGGGGGAGAAACUUCAGUCUCCAAUUCCAUCGCCUUGUACGACCGUCUGAAAAAAGACGCGCCGGGGUUCGUCGAGGGAUGCGCCAGCAAGGGCCUCGUGUAUCAUAUUCCACACAAUGCCGAGCAAGUCUCCGGAAUCGUUGGUGGUAAUGGCCUCUAUAAAGACUCCGCAUUCGGUCCGAAGGCGGGCGAGCAGUUGCCCGAGACCGAAGAGGGCCGACGCGCCAUGGUCGAAGCCAAGAUCAUUGAUCUUGCCGAGCGUGGGGGAUGGCACAAGAACAUCGACCUUGCCAAUGAUAAGGAACCUGUCUGGAGACGUCGUGGCUUUGACUGGACCUGGCAAGAGAACGGCGACCUUGACGUCGUCCACCGCGUGUCCGGUUGUCGCGAGCAUCCUGUCACCAAACAACCCGGCAUCUUUAAUGCCCUUUCAACUCGCUACACCAACGCUGUGGCGAAUGAUACCUUCGAUCCUCCUUUCACCUUCAAGCGGGCCGAUGGCACCGAGGGCGUCUCCAUCCCGCCUCACUUCGCUGGCAUUAAAAAAGAUGAGCCCGUUCCCCGUGAAUGGCUCCAGAAAAUGGACGAGUGGCAACACAAGCUCGAAUCCAGCAUCACCUGGGACGCUGGCGAUGUCCUCCUUUGUGACAAUUUUGCGGUUCAACAUGCUCGCUGGGGCUGGGAAGGCGACCGAAAAGUGAUGGCCAGCUUCUGGGAUCAGCCGGGUCUGGAGGCCAUUCCUCUUACUGCAUAA